GAGAAAGAUUUCAGCACCGGAGCUGUCCACGGCACUUGAAGAAGUCUCAAUUCCUGCCAAGGGGGAGAAACUGCUUCCGACUGUAAAUUCUCUCUUGUGGACUGUGUGGCGGAAAGAAUAAUAAACUGCUGUGCCAUUCAUCUCUCUGCGGGGCUACUGACUGGCCAGGAAAGGCGCACAUACUUCAUUCGAGCAAAGUCUUGCCAUGCUGGACGGCCGGGCUUGAGACAGAGAGGAUAAAGUGAGAGAACCAUCCCUUUACUCUUUACGCCAUGGGAGUGCUUAUGUCAAAGAAGCAGCAGGUGGAGAAGGUGCAGAAAUGCAAUGCCGUCGUCUCCGCUUUCCAAGCAGGCCUUAAGGAUCGUGCCAUAGCCAAACAGGCAGAAGAAGAAGCAGAGAAGUCCGAAGCCAAACCUUCAGGCAGUCCUGACGAGAAGAACACAGAGGAGGCGGAAAAAGAAGAAACAGACAAUAACGCAGGACCAUCAACAUCCCAGCAGGCCUCAGCGCCAGCAAGAGAUGAGUGUAAGGUCAACCAGGAGGCUUGGUCAAGGUUACGAGAUGGGAAAGGAGUGGAGCCUGAAGAUCUUGACAAGACCCAUCAGCUCACACCGCCUGCUUAUGUGAGGCCCAAAAGAGAAGCAGACGAUGACCAGCCUGUAGACAUCGAGCUGGAAAAGAAAGAACAGCCCCCGAGUGACGAGAUGUGUGACGUGUGUGAGGUGUGGACGGCCGAUGACCUGUAUCCUUGCAGGAUCUGUACUCGGGUGUUCCACGACGGCUGCCUGAGGGAGCUGGGCUAUCUGCGUGCCGAGGCCCUGCAAGAGAUGAGAGAUACAGCCCACACUGUUACUGGAUGGAGCUGCUACUAUUGUGAUAAUCUGAAUCUACUUCUAACAGAGGAGGAGAUGUACAGCCUUAUGGAAACCUUUAAACAGUGCAAGAUCAUCCCAGAGUCAUGCCUGGUGUCAGAUGAGCUGCUGCAGUACCGCCAUUUUGCAUCCAAGCAGCAAUUCGAUAAGGACCUGACUGAUGAGCAGGAAGAGGAAGUCUUGGCCCAGUUUGCAGCACUGGAUCCUGAUAAGAAGGGUCACAUCGAGUGGCCGGACUUCCUCUACUUCGAGUCUCUUGCAGUGUUGAGGAAGCUCCGCACAGAGAACUCACUGGUGCGUCUGUUGACUGCCAAGGAGAGAGACACAGCACGGUCAGUGUUCAAGGGUCUGGAAAAAGAUGGAGUGAUCACAAGGGCCGAAUGCCGCCAGGCCCAGCAGUCCUGGUUCCACAAGCUCAACAAAGACUCACAGUCUUGCAAUGUGAGUAUAAGUCAUGUUGGCCCCAUAUGUGAGAGCAGUCCAGCCAGCUCUGGCAGUGAACAAAGCAAGACCGAUGAAAGCAGGCCAGUGACCUGGGCAGACUUUUUAAGGGAGAGCGCCAUCUAUAUUCUGGCUGCACGGCCCAAUAGUUCUGCCAUGCACGUCCGUCUGCCUCUAUAGUCCAGGAGCCGCCACUGCACCCUGCAGAGAGAAGGAGAGACGUAGAGGGUGAACCCUAUAGUCUACAGAUGAGCAGAGGAAGUUAGACGCACGAUGACGUAGGGACAGCCACUGAGUGAACUGGAUAAAGCACUAAGAGACAGCAGAUCAAGCCAUCAACAGAAUCUCUCCACCUCUGUUACCUUUAACUCACAACACUGACAACACACACGCUCUGACUGAUACACACAACAAAAGUGACAGCAGCUGUCACAGGACCAAAUUCCACAAUCUGACGGCUUCCAAAAAAUAUGUGAGAGAUAGGACAAAGAAGACAACCACCUACUCAUAAAUAGUCAGUCAGAUUUGAAAGUUCUGAGAGAAAAAAAUCAUGUACACUAUCAGACAAGCUCACACCCUGUAUUUAUGACAAGUACUGCACUCUGUGCCCCUCUAACUUAAUAACACGCCUCUCCAUGUGGGUACCUUAGCGUGAUACAUUAUUAUUAUUAUUUCAAGUAUUCAUUUCUUUGGCCUCAUCCUGUCCUCAAAAUAGUUACAUGCUUCUGUAAUAGGACUGUGUUAUUUGCCAUUGCUAAUGUUAUUCACACUACACAGAGGCACAUGUAAAGUCAUUGUUUGUACUGUUAGAUGAUUGGUUAGGCUUCUGGAAGGAGAUGAACCCUGCAGCUGCCAUUAUCAGAACAUAUACCAAACAGAAAUGGUAAGCUAUCUGCAUACAUAUUAUAUGAGAACUGCUACUCAUAUCAGUAUAAAUUAUUAUUACGCAUUAAAAGCAGUAUUUAUUCUUGUAUCCUCUGAUAUAUCCUCUUUUUUCCCCAUUCUCAUUCAAGAAUCUAUGUUCCUCUCAAGUACUAACUGUGAAAACGGAUGUGAAGUGAAUGUUAAUGAAAGCUAACUCAUUCAUUGAUGUGUAUAUACUGCCAUAUAGUACAUUUUGUCCCUGUUGUACUCAGAGCUGCUCAUAGACAAGGUGGAAACAUCCUCCGUCUUGUUCUGGUGUCAUUAUUUGCACUCAGGGAAUGAGCUGUAGAUGGACUACUGUAUGACAUAAUCACUGUAAUGAUAUAUGGAAGGGAAAUGGUGCAAACAUUGUUCCUUGUCAAUGUGCUGAACCACUUUAACAGAUAUGGUUGGAAGUCUAUCAUGUUACAGUUAAUAUAAUUUAAAUGCACAUAAAACUCCUCAUAGAAUCACUGGAAACAUGCUGUAACAGUAGAACUUCAUGUAGUGUUGAUGCUAUGUAUUAAAGGUUCUGCCAGAUGUGAACAAAGAAUGAAUAGUAAUGGU